UACUACGGGCCGGGUACGGUGCGGGGAUGUCAAAAUCCACACCCAGCCCGUCACCGUCUCCUGCGGGCCGCGGGUAAGCCCGAAACCGCCAAUCAGCCCGGACUCGCGAGUUUCGACCCAAUACACGCGGGCGGGCCCCGGCGGAUGCCCAAGGCCCGCGGGCCCAUUGCCAUCACUACAAAAACCCAUGGUCCCUAUAAACCCGCGCAUGUCCAACAAGUUUGGUUGGUUUGAGUUUUUAUAAACUCAAUGAAUUUUACCUUGAAUUUUUUUCCGAAUAAACCUAUGAUAUGGAUUUGGAUUUGACAAAACCCAACCCAUUGCCAUCCUCCCCCAACAAAACCCAUCGACUGGGAGAUUGCUUUUUUGCGGAGAAGACAGACGAACCAAUCAAUGGCAACCAGCGACAUUGCAGCCACCGAAGGAAGCGCUGCGGCGGUGGCGGCCGCCACGGACGCUCCAGAGGAGAAGCCGCACCAGCUCGAGAGAAAGUGGACUUUCUGGUUCGAUAAUCAAUCCAAGCCCAAACAGGGCGCCGCUUGGGGCACCUCUCUCCGCAAAGCCUAUACCUUUGAUACCGUCGAAGAAUUCUGGUGUUUGUAUGAUCAGAUAUUUAGGCCUAGCAAGCUCACUGCAAACGCUGAUUUCCACUUGUUUAGAGCUGGGGUUGAACCCAAGUGGGAAGAUCCAGAGUGUGCUAAUGGAGGGAAGUGGAGUGUUGUUUGCGGCAAAAAGCCUCUCUUGGAUACGAUGUGGCUAGAAACUCUCAUGGCUUUGAUCGGAGAACAAUUUGAUGAAUCCGAAGAGAUAUGUGGGGUGGUUGCCAGCGUCCGCCAAAGGCAAGAUAAACUGGCUCUAUGGACUAAGACAGCAGCAAAUGAAGCUGUGCAGAUGGGCAUUGGAAGAAAGUGGAAGGAAAUCAUUGAUACUACAGACAAAAUCACCUACAAUUUUCAUGAUGAUUCACGCAGGGAAAGAUCCAUCAAGGGACGUUACAGUGUGUGAGCUAGUUAUGGUUCCUUGGAUCUGCAGUGCAGUCUAGUUUUCGUGUCUUUGCAUUAAUUUGCAGAACGAAUUUACAUGUAAUCUCUACUCCAGAUGUUGUAUUGAAGGUCUAGCUAGUCCAUGGUCUUUUAGCAAUCUGUACCAUUUUGGCAGCUAGAGUGGCUAUUGUGCCUGAUAGAUAUAUCACAACUCACAAGAACAUAUGUUUCUUCGACACCGAAUUUUGUGCCUUACUACUUCAACGCUAAAUGCAGAGAUUGCCUUGGUUUGUGCAAAACCAGAUACUUGCUUUAAAUUACUGGCUCAGUUUCCAGU